CUUAAGUACUUGAAUCUUCGCGGUUGCGUUAAUGUCACCGAGUCUCCUAACCUCGCUGGAGGCAAAACAAUGAAGGCUUUGGACUUGCAUGGAACAUCGAUAACAGAGAAACUGGUUGGCUCCAACAGUGAAGAGCCUCCUCAGUGUGAAGUACCCGUGAUAAGACGGUUCUUUAUGAGGAACGUUCGAGAACACAUCAAGAAACGCAAAUCCAACAGAUGAUAAGGAUCGAGGUGUAACACCUCCUUGGCCAGGUGUUGAGUUUCAAGAAUAUUGCAUUAGUGUAUAUAUAAGCUUUGGUGGAGACAGAUAAAGAUGAGAUAACAGUUUAACAAUGUCGGGAGCGCAAGGAGCAGAGCCGAUGGGAUCAAAGACGGCGACAACGUACGAGUCGGUGGAAGGAGGACAGAACAAGACAAAGCUUGAUUUAAGGUCAAGGGAAGACGAAGGUGGAAUUAAAGUUGAUAAGCAAGAAGACAAGGUUCCUGAAGCUGCUGGUCUAGGUGGACCUGUCUUUGGCGCUGGUAAGGACGACAAGAAGCAGGAUCUUGGUGUUACUGGCACUGGCUAAAUCUCUUGUUUCUAUAAUGUAAAGUAUGUGUUUAUACUUGUCUUUUCACGUUAGUGUUUGUUUAAGAAUCAGAAGUUGAUGAAUAAAGUAAUCUACGGGUCUUUUCUCGUCAUGUUA